UUGCUCUGGAAAAUCUUCAAAACUUGAUCAUGCUUCUUCUAGCCUAUUUUUUGAUUCUAAUUCUGGCUCUAGCAGUGUGAAAAAGGAACAGUUUCAUUCUCAUAAACACUCAUUUCAUAACAGUUUUUGCUCAAAUGAUUCAUUUGUUCCAAGCAACCUCAAGUCAUUUACCUACAAUGAACUGAAAAAUAUAACUAGGAACUUUCGAGCUGAUAGUCUUCUUGACGAAGGAGGUUUUGGUUACGUCUUCAAAGGAUGGAUAGAUGAGAUUACUUUUGCUCCUUGCAAACCAGGAAGUGGUAUGGUUGUUGCUGUCAAGAAACUUAAGCCCGGAAGCUUCCAAGGGCAUAGAGAAUGGCUUGAAGAGGUUAACUACUUAGGGCUGCUUUACCAUGAAAAUCUUGUGAGCUUAAUUGGAUAUUGCGCGGAGCUUGAUAACAGACUUCUUGUUUAUGAAGUCAUGUCAAAAGGAAGUUUGGAAAAUCAUUUAUUUAAAAAGGGAGUUCAGAUUAUACCUUGGGCUACACGAAUGUGUAUUGCAGUACAUGUUGCACGAGGCUUGUCUUUCUUACACGGUCUUGAAGCAAAUGUUAUUUACUGCGAUCUCAACGCAUCAAACAUCCUACUUGAUUCAGAUUUCAAUGCCAAGCUAUCGGCUUUUGGUCUGGCAAGAGAUGGUCCUAGUGGAGGCAGAACUCAUUUCUCGACCAGAGUUGUUGGUACUACUGGUUAUGCUGCACCAGAAUAUCUUGCAUCAGGUCACUUCACACCAAAGACUGAUGUUUACAGCUUUGGAGUUGUUCUACUAGAGUUGCUAUCCGGAAAACGAUCAACGGGUGCUGAAAAUGCAGGAGGUGCUGAUGAGAAAUUGGUGGAAUGGGCAAAACCAUUCAUAAGUGAUAGUAGGAGAGUGUUGAGAAUAAUGGACACAAGGUUGGGAGGACAGUACUCAAAGAAAGGUGCACAAGCUGCAGCUUCCCUUGUCCUGAGGUGCCUCGACGUCGAUCCGAAACUUAGGCCAACCAUGGAUGAGGUUCUAGCUACACUAGAACUUGUACAAGCACCAAAAGAUGUCAUGAAGAGCUCACAACAGAUCAAACAAAGCAGAUGA